CACGGAACGGAGAGCGUCUCAUUUGGGGAGUAGAGCAGCACAAGGGAAAUGGUGCGAGAGGCACAGAAACUGGAGUUGGACAUUCAGUGGAAGAGGAAAUGCUUUUCUGGAACCAUCUUGUGAGGUAUCUCAAGAUGGCCUGUGUCUCUGCACAACUUUGCUAAAACCUUUCUAAACCCAAUACCAAUUGUUUCCUGAAGAAAAAUCCCUCUGAGUCCAUUAUGUAAAUGCAUUUGUGCGGCCAUGCUGAUAUGGAUGACUGAAACAUGAGCAUCAUAAAAGCUUUCUGGACCUCUGACUCUGGCCCUUCUCUCUUCUUGGAUCUCAUCUUUCUAAAAUAGCACCAAAGGAGGGCUACAGCUGCAAGGGUAACAGAACUGGCUGUAGGGGUGGAUGAAAAAAGAAGCUCAUGAAGCAGAUGAUAGGCCAUAUCCAUAGGAAUAUACUUGCUUCUGGAAUAUCUCUAUCAUUUGGAAUAUUGUGAUACUUUUGGGAAAAUACCGGAAUACUGGAGAUAUUGUACAUACUUACUAUCAUGUGGGUGAGUCCAACUUCCUGUCUGUGCCCUGUGCUUCUCUGUCUCUGCUUCCUGGAAAGAGGCUAUGGGGCAAGUCAUCACGGACAGGCCAGGUUGAUCUCCAGAAAUCAUAACCUUACUCACAGUCACAACCAUACAAAAGAUGGGGAGACAGAAGUCCACCACAGACCAAAGCGGGGAUGGAUAUGGAACCAGUUCUUUGUACUGGAGGAGCACAUUGGACCAGAUGCACAGUAUGUAGGAAAGCUUCAUUCAAAUUCAGAUAAAGGCGAUGGUUCUGUCAGAUAUAUCUUAAGUGGGGAAGGAGCAGGAACUAUCUUCAUAAUCAAUGAGGUAACAGGAGAUAUCCAUGCCACCAAGAGUCUGGAUCGGGAGAAAAAGUCCCAUUAUGUUCUACACGCACAAGCCAUAGACCUGAACACCAACAAACCCUUGGAACCAGAGUCUGAGUUCAUUAUCAAAGUGCAAGACAUCAAUGACAACGCACCCAAAUUCCCAGAUGGUCCUUUCAUCACGUCUGUCCCUGAGAGGUCAGAAGUCGGUACAUCAGUAUUUCAAGUGACAGCAACUGAUGCUGAUGACCCCACCUAUGGAAACAGUGCUCGUGUGGUGUACAGCAUUUUGCAUGGACAGCCCUACUUCUCUGUAGACCCACAAACAGGGGUAAUCAGGACAGCAUUGCCUGAUAUGGAUCGAGAAGCAAGAGAGCAUUAUACGGUGAUCAUUCAGGCCAAAGACAUGGCAGGACAGGUGGGAGGACUCUCUGGCUCCACCACGGUUAACAUCACACUUACUGACGUCAAUGAUAACCCUCCCAAAUUUCCCCCGGAAAGCUUCCAGGUGUUUGUGCCUGAGUCUGCCCAGGUGGGGAAACCAGUGGGAAAGAUCAAAGCAGAAGAUGAAGAUGUGGGCGUCAACGCUGAAAUUAAAUACAGUAUUAUUAACCAGGAAGGAGCCAAUGUGUUCUCAAUAGCUACAGACAAAGACACAAGGGAGGGCAUAAUUAGUCUAAAAAAGCCACUUAACUAUGAAAAGAAGAGACAGUACACUCUGCAUAUCGCAGCAGAAAACACACACCUUGACCAUCGCUUCUCCCAUCUGGGAUCAUUUAAGGAUAAUGCCACUUUCAAGAUAACAGUUGGGGAUGUGGAUGAACCACCUGUUUUUUCAAUGGAUUACUACAUUAUGGAUGUCUAUGAGAAUGCAAAAAUUGGCACAGAAGUUGGAUCAGUUACAGCACAGGAUCCAGACAGCAAGAACAGCCCGAUCAGGUAUUCCAUAGAGCAAAGUGAAGGGAGUAAAGGAUAUUUUGAUAUUGAACCUAUCAGUGGAAUCAUUAGAACCACUCACCUCCUGGACAGAGAGGAUGUAGCCUGGCACAACAUCACUGUCAUGGCAAAAGAGGAUGAUAACCCAAGUCUUUUGAGUCAUGUCCCCGUCACAAUUCAGGUACUAGAUGUAAAUGACAACGCGCCAGAAAUCAACACAGAGGGCGAAAUCCUCAUUUGUGAAAGCAUAAGAGCAGGACAGAUCAUCCAGACGAUCAGUGCUGUGGAUAAGGAUGACUUUGCAAAUGGCCCGAGAUUUUAUUUCUCUUUCCCUGGAGGAAUUCCAACUAAUCCCAACUUUACUUUGAAGGACAAUGAAGACAGCACGGCUAGCAUUGUAGCGAGGCGGCGCCGUUUCCACAGGUUGACUCAGGAGCUAUAUGAGCUGCCCGUGGUGGUGUGGGAUGGAGGUGAGCCCCUUCUGAGCAGUACCAGCACACUGACCCUGCGUGUGUGCCAGUGUCAGCGUGGCACUCGGCACAAAAUCUGUCAGGGCGAGGCUUUCCUUUCUUCUGCAGGCCUAAGCACCGGAGCGCUUAUCGCCAUCCUGCUGUGUGUGCUAAUACUGCUCGCAAUCGUGAUCCUUUUCAUCACUUUGAGGAGAAGCAAGAAAGAGCCACUGAUCAUCUCAGAGGAAGAUGUUCGAGAAAACGUGGUCACCUAUGAUGAUGAAGGUGGAGGUGAGGAGGACACUGAAGCUUUUGACAUUAUUGCAUUGCGCAAUCCUGAAGCUGCUGAAGAACUCAAGUACCGGCGAGAUGUUCGGCCUGAAGGGGGUUAUCCCAGGUCAACCAGAAGACCCUGUCAGUAUAGCUGUAACCGUCAUAGUCCCACCUCACUGGAGACAGAUGAGGAUACAGAUGUCCAUGACUUCAUCAAACAGAGACUAGCAGAGGCAGACCAAGAUACUUUUGUACCUCCUUACGAUUCGCUACAGACUUACGCUUAUGAAGGUCAAGGGUCACCAGCAGGUUCCAUCAGUUCUCUAGGAAUCCAUUCUGAACAGGAUUACAACACCUUGGACGAGUGGGGACCAGAAUUUAAAAAACUAGCUGAACUUUCCAGGGAGGAGCUUGGAAUGGAACAUGAACCAGAUGCAAAUGAGCCUGAUGAACACACUUAAUUUUUUAAACUGUUUAAAAAAAACUUUACACACAUACAGUACACAUACAGAUACACACAAACACAGACAUAAAAUGCUCUUUUGCUACCAUGGAUGUCAUUGUUUUACCACUAAGGUCAAACAUUUUCAGAGUGUUAUCCUUCUGAAAAGACUGACUGGCCUGCAUUUUUCUUCUCGUGAUGUU